CGGUAUGCAUAACCACGAGUUGGACAAAGGGCUUGAAGGGCAUCUCGUGGCGGGGCGUUUGAAACCGCAAGAGAAGGAUUUUAUGGACGAGAUGACAAGGAAUGCGGUGGCUCCAAAAAACAUAUUGUCCACAUUAAAGGAGAGAGAUCCGGAAAACAAGACCUCUGCAAAGCAAGUGUACAACGCUCGUCAUAGGUACAGAGUUAAAAUGAGGGCGUCCAUGACUGAGAUGCAACACUUAUGCAAGAAGCUUGAUGAUAACAAGUACUACUACAAGUAUCGGACGGUUGUUGAAAAUGGAGUAGAACAUCUUCAAGAUAUAUUCUUUGCACAUCCGAGGUCCAUAACUUUAUUGAACUCUUUUCAUACUGUGCUGAUGAUGGACUCCACAUACAAAACCAGCAAGUACAAAAUGCCGCUGUUUGAGAUAGUCGGAUUCACUUCGACCGAGAAGACAUUCAACGUUGCUUUUGCCUGGCUCAGUAACGAAAAGGAAGACAACUUUAUAUGGGCUCUGCAACAACUACGUUGUUUGUUAAGGCGUGAGACAAAUUUGCCGAAUGUUAUCUUGACGGAUCGAGAUUUAGCUUUGAUGAAUGCUAUUCCGGCUGUGUUUCCAGAAGCGGCGGCGUUGGUUUGUCGGUUCCAUGUUAAGAAGAAUGUGAGGACCAAGGCAGCCGAGCUGGUCAAGGUGAGGGAUGGGGAAAAGGUCAAGGCGGCGGACAUGAGGGAAAGAGUCUGUUUGGCGUUCGAGGAUGUGUUAGAUUCGUCUACUGAGGCCGAGUAUACUGAAAAUGUUAUGGCUUUUAGGAAGUUAUGUGAGAGGUGGCCAAAAUUUGUUCGGUACGUUGAAGAGACAAUUUUGGACACCGACAAAGAGAAGCUCGUGAGUGCAUGGGUGGACAAGUAUAUGCACAUGGGCAACCAUACGACAAAUAGAGCCGAAAGCGCACACGGUGUUUUGAAAAGUUACUUGACCGACGGUCUCGGUGAUUUGGUGAAGGGUUGGGAAUCGAUUCACAGAAUGUUAGGCAAUCAAUUCACCCAAGUGCAAACUGAAUUUGGCCAGAACAUGUCUGUGUAUGGACACACAUACCGGAAGAAAACACUUUACUCGACUUUGAUGUUUAAAGUCUCUAGACGUGCAAUGAGAUACAUCCACACUGAAUCAAAAAGAGUCGAGUUUACUGGUAUGGAUAGCAUGAAGUGUGGUUGUCUGAUGAGGACUAACUACGGGCUGCCAUGUGCGUGUUUGAUUGCCAAGAAACUGCACCACAAUAGGCCUAUUAGACUCGAUGAGGUUUACAAACAUUGGAAGAUAAUUUGUUUCCAAGAUGAAGAAGUUGGUGGCGACGUCGAGGACGAUUAUGCGUGCACGGCAGAGUGGCAAGCAAUUCAGGAACGAUUGAGGACAGCUGAUGUAAGCAUGAAAAAUGAGAUCCGAGAUCAACUCCGCAAGAUUGCGUAUCCUACAACCACCGAUGUGGAGCCUCCGACCACAAAUGUAAAAUCAAAAGGGGCUAAAAAGAAAAAGGUGGUCCGUGGAACAAGAUCCACCAGCAGAGAUAAGUCUCGAUGGGAGCAUGUUGAAGAAUAUUUCACGGAGACACAAGCGUCGCAAUCGUCAAAGCCAUCUCCGUCAAUUCCGUCCCACUCAAGGCCAUCAUCAUCACAACCUACCGCAUCAAACCCUAUGCCUACGGUGUCUGAAGCUCCGCUCACUGUGUCCAACCCAUUGCCACUAACCUCAUCAUCUCAAAUUUUUGGAAUUAACCACAUGCCAAAAUUCAUGCAUCCCUUCAUUGAAGAUAUCAUCAACGUGGACGGCGACGGCUAUUAUGGUUACCGUGCCGUUGCAUUGGCUCAGAGAGGCAACGAAGAUGAUUUUGAACUGAUACGGUGCAACAUGAGCAGGGAGUUGCGAUUGAAUAAGGAUAUGUAUGUUGCUAUAUUUGGUUGCGAGGAGCGUUACCAAUAUAUCUGUGAUGCACUACUCCCACCCCCGAGGACGAGACAACGUACUAGUAUUAGGAAUAGUGUUGCACCGAUGGAUAAAUGGUUCACGUUGCCGGAUAUGGGACAUAUCGUGGCCACCAUAUUGGAUAGAGUAGUUGUUCAGCUCUCCAUACUUCAAAACGACCCUUGUGAAACUUUUUUCCCAUUGCGUUCCAUUCCGUCACCAAACCCGUCUUCAAGGGUUAUUUGCCUUGGCGCGUUACCGGAUCACUAUGUUUUGGUAAAGCUUAAAGUUGGGUGUCCGAUACCCAAAUCAAACAAAUCGUGGAAGCAAUAUUGUGCUAAACAAAGUUUGGGCUGA